UCUUUGCUCUCCGUUUAACCUCGGUACGAAGCGUCGAGGCGACUCGACACGGCCGCUCUCACAUCUCUCUCUCUCUCUCUUUCUCGCUCUCGCUCUUCCUCUCUCUCUUCUUCUCCCUCCCUCCCUGCGUCCCCUCCUCCUCUUCCUACCUGAUUCAGAGCCGCUCCGACGCUAUGCGUAUGUCCGCGUCUCUCUCUGCAAGGCGAGCACCACCAGAGAGAGCCGCACGCUCCUGCUGACCGCCGGCCGCGAGCACUAUCCCCAACGCCGGCUGACGAGGCACCCAGGCCGGGCAACAGGGGCAGGAGAGACACCGCUGAGCGCAGUCCGGAGAGUUGGACCUGGAUAGAGAGAUCUGCUAAAGGACAACCUGGAAGCCUUCUGUCCCUAGCUUUCCUCUCUCCAAACUCCCUCUCUCUCCCCUCUUCCUCUUUCUUCUCUCUUAUCUAGAACUUCUCGCAGCCGUUUACGUCUUCCUUUCCUCUCACCUGUUCUACUUCCUGUAACUGGCCAUGGCGUCCAAGCUGAAUCCCAACGUCCUGUAUGUGGCGGAGCCUGGAGAGUCCCUGGGAUCACCCCAAGCUGAUUCUGAAAGGACUCAUAUUUCUGGAGAAGUUGGGGAAGAGUCGUCAGACAGCGAUGGAGAGCAAGAGGAGACGUCACACAAGCUGAUCCGCAAAGUGUCAACCUCCGGACAGAUAAGAGCCAAGAAAAGUGUGAAGGAGGGAAUCCUGUUAAAGCAGACCAGCUCCUUCCAAAGAUGGAAGAGGAGGUACUUUAAACUCAGAGGGAGGACGCUCUACUACGCCAAAGACUGCAAGUCCCUGAUUUUUGAUGAAGUGGACCUAUCAGACGCCAGCGUGGCCGAGACCAGCACCAAGAACAUCAACAACAGUUUCACGGUGAUCACCCCGUUUCGUAAACUUAUGCUUUGUGCUGAAAGCAGGAAGGAAAUGGAGGACUGGAUCACGGCCCUUAAAUCCGUUCAGAAAUGGGAAACCUAUGAAGCCAGCCAGUUCAACAUGGAGCAUUUCUCUGGGAUGCACAACUGGUACGCCUGCUCACACGCCAGACCCACCUUCUGCAACGUCUGCAAGGAAGCCCUGCCAGGCGUCACCUCCCACGGCCUGUCCUGUGAAGUUUGCAAGUUCAAGGCUCACAAGCGCUGUGCUGUUCGCUCCACCAACAACUGCAAGUGGACCACGCUGGCUUCCAUAGGGAACGAGAUCAUUGAGGACGAGGACGGGGUGUCCAUGCCACACCAGUGGCUGGAAGGCAACCUGCCCGUCAGCGCUAAAUGCGUGGUGUGUGACAAGAACUGCGGCAGCGUGCGGCGGCUGCAGGACUGGCGCUGCCUCUGGUGCAAGGCCAUCGUGCAUAACAGCUGUAAAGAACAAAUGGGGAAGGUGUGUCCCCUGGGCCAAUGUCGAGUCUCAAUCAUCCCACCCACUGCACUUAACAGCAUCGACUCAGAUGGUUUCUGGAAGGCCACCUCUGGAUCUUGUGCCAGCCCUCUCCUGGUCCUGGUGAACUCCAAGAGCGGCGACAACCAGGGGGUGAAGUUCCUCCGCAAGUUCAAGCAGCUUCUGAACCCGGCUCAAGUCUUCGACCUGAUGAACGGAGGACCAGAGCUCGGGCUGCGGCUCUUCCAGAAGUUCGUGACGUUUCGCAUCCUGGUGUGCGGUGGAGACGGCAGCGUGGGCUGGGUGCUGUCGGAGCUCGACAAGCUCAACCUGCAUAAACAGUGCCAGCUCGGAGUCCUUCCCCUGGGAACGGGGAACGACCUGGCCCGCGUUCUGGGCUGGGGCGGCCUGUGCGACGACGACGCCCAGCUGCUGCAGAUCCUGGAGAAGCUGGAGAGAGCCACCACCAAGAUGCUGGACCGAUGGAGCGUAAUGACAUACGAGGUGCCCCCCACCAAUAAACACACGCCCACCGUGAAGGAAGACGACAGCCACGAGGCUCUGCCGCAGAUCCACAUCACUCAGUAUGCAGACUCCGUCGCCUGCCACCUGGCCAAGAUCCUGGACUCUGACAAGCACAGCGACGUCAUCUCCUCCGCCAAGUUCCUGUGUGGGACGGUGAACGAUUUUGUGGCAGAGGUGGGGAAAGCGUACGAGAGAGCCACAGAGAACAAGGAGGAGGCAGAUGCCAUGGCAAAGAAGUGCGCACUGCUGAAUGACAAACUGGAUUCGCUGGUGAAGGCCUUAAGCGAGGAAGCAGAAGCUCAGGUGGUGCCGGCAGGUUCAGCACCGAGCCAGGAGAGUGUCGGCUCAAGCCCUGGUGAAAGUGGCGGCGAGUCGGGCUCUGAGGGCAAAACGUAUCGGUCCAAAGAGCAGCUGAUGCUCCGAGCCAACAGCCUGAAGAAAGCCCUGAGGCAGAUCAUCGAACAGGCUGAGAAAGUGGUUGAUGAGCAGAACAGACACACGCAGGUCCAGAGGAUGCCGUCUUCAUCGUCCAUCACCAGGGAGAACAGUGAAGAGCUGAAGGAUGCCGACACACGAGGUUUGAGUCCCACCUCGCCCAUCGUCCUGGAGAAAACAGAAAGUCUGAACGUGGUCACCUUCAACGAGGACACAGUUCAGUGCACAGAGAAGUGUGUGAUGAAUAACUACUUCGGCAUCGGACUGGACGCCAAAAUUUCUCUGGAGUUCAACAACAAGAGGGACGAGCAUCCCAAAAAAUGCAGUAGUCGCACCAAAAACAUGAUGUGGUACGGAGUCCUCGGGACCAAAGAGCUGGUCCAGAAGACUUACAAGAACCUGGAGCAGAGAGUCCAGUUGGAGUGUGACGGCGUUGCCAUGUCGCUGCCGAGCCUGCAGGGCCUGGCGGUCCUCAACAUUCCCAGCUAUGCAGGAGGAAUCAACUUCUGGGGAGGAACCAAAGAGGACAAUAACUUUGGAGCGCCGUCGUUCGACGAUAAGAAGCUGGAGGUGGUGGCGGUGUUUGGGAGCAUGCAGAUGGCCAUGUCCAGAGUCAUCAACCUGCAGCACCACCGCAUCACUCAGUGUCGGCAGGUGAAGAUCACCAUCCUGGGGGACGAGGGCGUCCCGGUGCAGGUGGACGGGGAAGCCUGGAUCCAGCCGCCCGGCAUCGUCAAGAUUGUGCACAAGAACCGUGCUCAGAUGCUCACCAGAGACAGGGCGUUUGAGAGCACGCUGAAGUCGUGGGAGGACAAGAGGAAGAUCGACAGCUACCGCGCCGCCAGGCCUCGCCUCAACUCCCAGCAGUCCAUGGAGUACCUCACCGAGGAGGAGUGCGCCCAGGUGCAGCAGCUGGGCAUCGUGGCCGACACGCUCAUCAAUAAAAUCCGCGAGGCGGCUAAGACCCACAAGCUGGUGGAGCAGGAGCUGGCUCACGCCGUGAACGCCACCGCCCUGGUGCUCACCGAGGCCAAGGUGUCCAGCAACGAGUGUCUGAGCCGCAGCACGGCGGUGGAGAUCGUCAACAGCAGUAAAGUCCUCCAGGCUGAGACCAGCAUGCUGCUGGACGGAAAGCUCCUGUCGGAUUUUCCCGAGGAGGAAGAGCUCCGAUUGACCCUGAACAACCUGAGCGCUGAGCUGCUGAAGCUGGAUGACAUCCACUGGAUCUGUCCGCUCAUGCAGUGCUCCGAGGAGGACUCUGUGCGGAGCAGCAGUAAAGGCACCAGCAGCAUGAAGCUGAAGAUUAUUCCCAAAACGAAGAAGGAGAAGGAGAAGCUCCACAAGCAGAAGUCCAACAGUUCUCUCUCAGGAACGUGGGAUCUUAAAAGUGGAGCAACUGAGGCAGAUUCCUCAGUCAACUGAAAACCUGCGCCUCUCUUUAAUACCCCCUCCAACAGGAGAGGUCACGACCUCUUCUCACCCGCUUCCUGUCCAGUCAUGAGGCCCCUCGGCUUCCCAGAGGCGUCACAAACUGAAGUAAUGCCUUCUUCCCUACUUUUAAGCAUUUUUGCUCUGCUUUAUUUCUUCGUCAUCUGGUUUUUUGCAAACCAGCAGGUUUUUUGGUUUUUUUUCCCCCCCCAAUUUCUUCUUUUUUUUAAAACGUGGGGCCUGUUUCUGCGUGGCACUUCUUUAAUGCCGCCAUUUUGCUUUUAUUUCUGAGUGCAAGUCAAAGAAGAAACCAUGCAGGUAGUGGGAAAACAAGGAAAUGCGUUUACGUGGUGCUCACCUAGCAUGUUGGGUGUAAACCUUAGUUUUUAUCCUAAGUUAAUCUAGGGUUGUUUUUUUUUAUUUUGUUUUUUUUUCUUCUUUAUAUGUCGAACUUCUGACUCGCCUUCGGACUGUCUUAUUUAUUUCUUGUUGCUACUGCCAUGAGAACUCCCCACGGCAACAAAAUCAACAAAAAUGAACAAACUGAGAUGUCUCAGCUUCAUCGUCUGCUGAACUGGAAAAUAUCUUCAAUGUUGCAAAAAAAAAAAAAAAAUCCUAAGGAAUGUACUUGUGUGGACUUUUAAUAACCUGUGAAUUAAGAUGCUGUUCUGUUCGGCUCCGCGGCGGUUCUGUUGUCGUCCUAUUAAAGUGGUUCUUCAGUGGACUCGUGCGAUUCCGCCGCAAAAACAGAAAUCAAACAAACAAAAAAAAAACAAGCGUGAGUCAUUUUGUCGAGAACUCAGCGGGGUUUAGAGGUACAUCGUUGGGUUUUAUUGUGUGACUUACGUGGGAGUGAACUCUCCCCCUGCUGUGCAUGUUUUACACUUGAAUUCAGAACCGUUGUGAGGAGCAGCGCCGGACGAAACGACUCGGUGAGGUCCAUCUUUUUCUGCCAUUGUCUGGUGACGGUGUUUACAGGAGGACACUUUGAUACACCUCAACAGCUUCUCAGUGUGUUGCUCUUACUUUGUCAUACUACAUGAUUGUAUACUAAAUAUUAGAAUAAGAACUAACGUGUAUUUGAUUUUUUUGCCUUGUCUGUGGUUAAAAGCUAUUAUUAUGACAAAUAUAUAUCUAUUUUUUUGUACACCUUAUUUUCCUAAUGGUUAUCUGUGAAGCUGUCCUGGCUUUGCUGCUUCCCCCUUUGAAAAGUUCAUAAAGACGCCGUUCUGUGUCCCUGCAUGCACGCCAAGCCUUUCUUCGCCUCACAGUGGAAAUGGCCUCAGAGUGGCACAUUUUAGCUUGCUUGUUGAGACCAGCGACAUUUGUGAACGCCAUGCUAGUUUUUGAGAACAUACAUUGUUGAACAAUUUUUAUUCUUAGUAAAUAUUUUUUGAGCUUCUGUUGACCAGAGCAUCGUUGCUAUUUGGCUUAAAUUACUAAAAUACAGGUUUCAUAGACUUUCUAAUUACCAUUUAAAAGUGACAGCAUUUUCAUGUGAAGAUUUAUUUUUUUGGACACUUUAGACGUGUCAAAAUGCAAAGUUCCUCUAAAUUUACUCGCUGUUUAAAUUCUAAAAAUGAUACCUUGUUGCUGUUUUUCUAAUAAGAAAACGACGAGUACUUAACGUUAUUUGUCAGACUAUCAGCUAGCCUGCAUCUGGCUGCUUUACAGUCACGACACUCAAAGAUUACCUGUUGACCGCUAGCUUACUUCUUCCACUAGCAGACCCUAAAUCAUGUUAUAUAGACAUAUUGAGUAGAAAGUAAAAUAAACUGCGAGGUAUGAAUUAGCUAAUUCGUCACUUUCUGCCAUAUCUUAUUUAAAUAGGAGUUUAAACCAAUAUGUUUAAUUUUUUUUGUUUCAUAACCAUCAGUAAAAAUAUAGAUAUACAGUUGGAGUAACAACAUGAACAUUUUAGAUGUAAUAAUGUACUAAGAAAUUUAAUGGCUAAGUAGAAUUAGCUUACUUUACUCACAAGCUAGCUUAAAGCGAGGCACAAAAUUAGCCGUUCCAUAUUUUUUUUCUUAUUUAGCUUACAUUGAUUUAAGUGUUAAAAUUCUGGAUUUAUAAAUUUAACUUUAUCUGUUAAGUUUUUCUGCUUCAAAUUAAAAGUCACAUACAUUAGCUACGCUACUAGCAUUUCUACUAGGCUACUGGUGAAAACAAACAACAAAACGGCUAUUCAUUUUGGUUACUUGUUCAGAUGAAUCAGGCUAAUCCCCUGAUGGGAAGUAGUCACUGUGAGGCGCUGUAGAUGUUCAGCUGUGGUAGGAUUGUGCUACUGUAUCCAUAGUGUGCCAGCUACACGCUCAAAACCUUAGAGGCUUUAGUGGUUGUUGUGCCAAGUCUGUACUUUGGGUUUAAGACUUAACAAAGUGUGUGUGUGUGUGUGUGGGGGGGGCGCGUCGGUAAGAGUGUGUAUGAAAGCGUGUGUGUGCAAGCUUUUGACACGCCUCCGAUGCAGAAGUCGUCGUGUGUCGUACAUUUCAAAGUUUACUGUAUCUUUGCCUUGCACUUUACAACGACACAAACUUAAUAGGAAAAAAAAAAGAAAAACAACAACAAACAUUUGCAUAUGUACGUGUGUUGAAAUUUUGAGUGAAUUUUUUUAAAAAUUGAUUUGAUGAAAA